AGGCAGAUGGAGGUCUUCCAGCCAGAACCUGCAGCUGAGGGGGAAGGAGCCAACACCGGCAAGGCCCCGCCAAAGGACCCCCCGCCCAAGCCUCAGCACGGCAAGAGGAAAGCGCGGAAGAAGAAAAAGAAGAAGAAAGCAGCUCAGGAAAAACAGCCUAGCAAAAGCAGGAAGCAGCCAGUCCGUGUGAAAUCAGCCCUGGAGUUGCCGCAGCCCCACAGCAAUGAUGAAACCCCUCAAGAGGACACGACACGGGCGACGACCCCAAGCAAAGCCACACGGGACCUGCUCAGCCCCUCCAGUCCCUCCGUUUUACUCUCGACGCGAGGCGGCUCGGGUCCGGCCGAGAGCCUGCGCUGGGAGGGAAUCCUCGAAGACCCCGUUGCAGAAGCGGAGAGAAUGUGGAACUAUAGACUAAACAGAAGGAAGCGGUACGGGGCCUACAUCCAGCAAAACCUGCCCCCGGCGCCGUCCUUCACGCUGAAGCGUUUGCCGCGACUCUGCAAACCCGCACAAGCGGCUGGAGAGCUGCUGUUACGGAGAAGCAAGUCCUCUCCUGCAGUAUCGGAAGCGAACACACCGAGUCCGAAGGCCACGACCAAAGUUUCGAAGAGGCAGUUGGGGCUGCCACCAAGUAUUUCUCAGGAAAUGGCGUGAAACUGGCACGUUUGUGGUUUCCUUUUUUUAAAGCAAAGAUGCAGACCCUCUAUAACUCUAAAUUGUACCUUGGAAAUGAAUGGGAUUAAUUAUUCGUCGUUUUAUGAGGUUACCCAGCGGUUGCUCGUACACAAGCAUUUU